AUGGCCCGGAGGCUUGCUCCCUGCUCUUCCAGCAUGCUGGAGCGACUAGCGCUCCAGCAGGGGCGCCCUCUGAGCAACCGCCUGCUGCGGGCCGAAGCGUCCCCGGCCCCGGGAACCCCGAGCCGCGCUCCCAGAGUCGGGCGGAGUAGACGCGCCAGCGCAGCGCCCGCCCGCCCGCUCCUCUCCGGCCGCCGGAGCUCGCAGCCUUGGGUCCCGGAGCUCCGCCCGGCGCUGUGCGACGCUCGCCCCACCGUCCCUGGCUGCUCGCCUCUGGGACCCGCUUCUCCGGACACCAAGCCCUCUCGACUCCCACCCUCUCCACCUCUCGGGCAGCUCAGCAAAAUCCAGUCCCCUCCACUACACACGCCUCCGAGGGCUCUCCCCAGCCCCAGCGCAAGCCCCAGAGAGAAAGCCCAGGCCGGGUCUCCCCAGCUAGACCGGCCGCCGAAGGUCUCCACCACCGCCGCCAGCCGCCCCAAUUCACGCUCAUUCAUAUUCAUCAUUCUCAUUCUCUCUCUCCCUCUGCCUCUCGCUCUCCAAAGACUCCUAACAAGACUGGCUGAGCCUCCUCAGCGGCACUCCCUUUCAUUCAUCGCCUCCCAACACACACACACACACACACACACACACACACACACACACCCCAACCCAGACAGCCCACUCCACUUUUCAGACGCCCACCUCCUCAUACUCCCCUCCCCUAAACAGACUUCCACCCACUCACCAUCUGUAGCCUCCCUUCCGCCCCCCGCCCCGCCCGCCCGGCUCCCCCUCCCCAAGAAGCAGACCUGCACAGUGGGAGGCAGGGACCCCGCCAGACGCUCGGGUCGAGCGCGCCGGACCGACCUCUGCCCGCCCGGGAAACUAACAAAGGCGGUGCGCCAGCCCAGACCCAAAGAGCCGCGAGCGGCGGCCGCGGGCCGGGCGAGCGCCGGGCGGGGGCUGCUCCGGAGUCGGGAGCCGCGGCGCCGGAGGACGCAGAUCUCUCCCCGCGCGCGCCGCUCGGACGCCGCCGGCACCAUGGGCUGCUGCACCGGGCGCUGCUCGCUCAUCUGCCUCUGCGCGCUGCAGCUGCUCUCAGCCUUGGAGAGGCAAAUUUUUGACUUCCUUGGCUUCCAGUGGGCACCAAUUCUUGGAAAUUUUCUACAUAUAAUAGUCGUCAUAUUGGGUUUGUUUGGAACUAUUCAGUACAGACCUCGAUAUAUUGUGGUGUACACAGUAUGGACUGCCCUCUGGGUCACCUGGAAUGUGUUCAUUAUCUGCUUUUAUUUGGAAGUAGGUGGACUCUCUAAGGAUACAGAUCUGAUGACAUUCAACAUUUCUGUACACCGGUCAUGGUGGCGGGAACAUGGGCCCGGCUGUGUCCGAAGAGUGCUGCCUCCAUCGGCCCACAGCAUGAUGGACGACUACACGUACGUCUCCGUCACAGGCUGCAUUGUUGAUUUCCAGUACCUAGAGGUCAUCCACAGUGCUGUCCAGAUACUCCUCUCGUUGGUUGGUUUUGUGUAUGCCUGUUAUGUGAUCAGUAUUUUCAUGGAAGAAGAGGACACCUUUGAUUUCAUAGGCGGACUUGAUGCACACUCCUACUACCAGGAUCAUGUUGAGUUAAAGCCUGUUAACCUGUCGAAAUAAGUAACGACACUGACUCUGAAACACGGCUGCUGAACUUUGAGGAAUUCAGGCACCACUGAGAGCACCUCUCCGCAUUGACACGUCUCACCUCCUCCCAGAGGAUGGACUGCGCCUCCCUCCUUCCCCGCGAGUCACCGAGUUCUUUGGUCACAGCCUAUGUGUUAUUAGCAUUGUGCACUAGAGGUGUAGGUGAUCGGGUGGGUAUUUUUUAAGUCAUUUUCUUCUUACAUGAAUACUUGUAAAUUAUUUAAAAAUUGUUUUUUCAUUUUUUUAACAAUAUUUAAUGUGAGGCAUGCAAAAUGAAAAAAAAAAUUUCAUGAAAGCCUUCUACAGUCUAUUCUAAAAGAAAUACUGGUUCUUGUAUUGAGGUGUCCAGUCAAUGUUGCUGAGAACCGCAGUUACCCUAUGCCCGAUGGACUCUGCAUUAACAGAUAUUACGGGGGGCUAUUCACCAUGAUCUUAGAGCUGUGACAGCUGGUGAAUGGGUGCAAACAGGGGAUCUGGGUUUCAGACUGACCAUGGGGCAUUUUCUUGACACCACACGACAAAACAUGAAGUCCUCCUUCGUUCUCAACUUUCCAGAAUGCAGAAUAACAUCACACCGUCUAAAUUUUCAGAUUCGUGCACGUUAUCUUGUUCUUCCUGUGUUCUGGAAAUUACAUUAUGGGUGUAUAGAAGAGUAACAUGAUUAGCAGACAUCUUUCUACUUUUGGAGGGUACAUGGGUAUCUCUGGCGUUCAUAUUUUCUAUUCUUUAUCCCAGUUCUGACACUGGUGUCCAGCCAAAACAUACAGCUUCUAGGCUUGGGAGACAGAAAUCACAACCAUAAAUCUGCAAUCAGGAAUGUUGCUGUUAAGAUAACCAAAAGGAGCUUUAAAAUGGUGUGGAAUCUCUAUAAAGGCUUCUUAAAAAGAUACUUACAUUUGUUCAACAUAAUUUUCGAUCAUAAUUUUCCAUAGAAAAAAAGAACUGCUUUGAAAGCACAUCACAGUUUUUCCUUUUGUACUUUCAAUUAUUAUUUCCCAUAUCAAAAUAAAUUUUGCUCACUUUUUACAGCAACCAACAUAAGGUCACCCAUAGAUCAUAAAAUUGUGUACGUGUGCACUCCUUCCAUCCAAAAGUUGUUAACUUAGCCCAUACAUCUCUAAGAAGGCAAUCUAUAAAACAUCUAAAAUCACAUGAAAAUUUUUGUAUGUGUAUAGAGGUUCUUGUUUUCUUUUGGGAGUCUAUAUAUUUUAUGAGACUCUGUUAAGAAUCAGAACCAAUACAAAAGUCUACCCUGGUUCCUCCCAGUUCACGACUACCACUGUGGCAUUCUAAAGGCUCCUUUUAGUCACUAGAGUUUGGAUUAUGCCCCUUCAGUCAGGAGAAUCACUCUGAAUCCCAUCAUUUUUCAUUCUACUGAAUAAACCCAACUCCAAAAUGAAGAGGAAUUCAUCUGAAGGGACCUCAGAAAUGAUCAAAUCCAAGCCGCUAUUGCAUGGUUGAGGGAUCUGAAGCCUAGGGGAUUUGGUGGCCUGGUCCAGAGUCCUGCCUGUUUACAGAGGGGCAAGAGCUAUGGCCAAAGGAAGGGGAACUGGAAGGCAAACAGUAAGUUUGGGUCCAGGCCCCCCACUCUGGCCUUGGACAGUGCUGGACGUCUUGGCCUUGGAAUUUUCCUCAUCUGUAAGAUUGAACUAUAAUUGCUACCUCCCGAGGAUGAAGUGAGAAUCAGAUGAAAUGUAAAAAGUGUCCUGGAAACUCUGACACCUCAUAUUUGAAAGAGACAGUUAGUAUUGUAAUAUCAAAACAAGUGGGGCCUGAGUUCUUGCCAUACAACCACGUGCAAUGAAAGGCCCAUGAAAACACCAAACUCUUCGAUGUUUUCUGAGAAGUAGCUUGAAAAUAUUGCCAAAUUUGAACAACUGGAAACACCGAAGACUAAAAAUUGCAUUUCCUAAUUAAAAAUAACUUCUAUAUUUUGAGAUUAAUCCAUAUGAUUUUUAUGGGUAAAGCUAAUAGGAUAUCAAGAAUGUAGAAAGUAAGACAGGAGAAUAAAAGUAAUAUGUCAGUAUUUUAAACUGUCAUUUCAUUGUCCCCCCCCCCACACAUGCACAAAUAAAACAUAAUUAACAUUUCACAAAUUAGCACCAUACUAACUUUUGUUGCUGUUCUAACUUCGUGUAAGUGUGUACAUACUGGUAAGGUGCCCUGGAGAGUCCUACACCCUGUGUCACUGCAGGUGACAGAUUGGAGGAGGAAAUCCUUACACUAGUGAUUUUUUUUCUAUGGAUUUUCAAUAUCGGUGACUACUUAAUAUGGUAUCCCAGCAAUUUGUAAUGACAGUUCUAAAGUUCCAGAGAAUUCACCUCUCAUCAGAGACAAGUUAGAUCGAUCCCCUCUCCUCCCUCUUUUGCUUCUCCCUACCUCUCCUCUCCUGGCUGCUCCUUCGAGGUUCUGCUUCCCUACGACAAAGGAAUGAAAAGAAGUGCUGAGCUUUGCAUUAAUGCUCAGCGGUCAUCCUUGAUCUGGGUCUUUCCAUUGCAGGGCUGUCACAGUCGCUGCUCCUUGGGAGGGAAUGCCUCCAGUUCUUGCAAUUCUUGCCUUUUGUUUUAGGGAAUCCAUCCAGCACUGAGCAUUCUGUGGAGCUUUCAAUAGACAUGUUCACUAUGUCUCUAUUUGUGCCAGAUCUUGGCUUCUCCAUAUGCAGUGUGUGUGUGAGCAGAGUAAGGGAAAAUGGAUGUUCUCUGAGCCUGCAGUCAUUUGCCUGAAUCUCAGUAUCCUGAGAGAUGGUGCAGCUCUGGGUUCAAGAGUCCUCCUCAGAGGCGGUCCUGGUAAAGCUGAGGCUACAAUGUCCACUGCCCCAUGAGCCCCCUGUGCUAACUGGAAUGCAGAAGGGGAAAGUUAAAACCAAUGUAUUUUUUUUCAUCUUUGCAUCACUUUGGUAUCAUGUCUUAUAAAACCUUGGUGAAUCCUGCCCCAUCUUCUAUCUUGUGUCAACAACGGCUUAUCCUUUCUUAAGUGUCUUCUGCUGGCAUUGUGUGGAGCCACAGGCAAUUGGGAGUCUACCUUCUAUUUCCUUCCUCUUCCACUCAUACUUCAUGACUGCCAGAGUUGAGCAGGGUAGUCACAAGGCGUGGAAGGCUAUUCCAGAAUUCUCAGGAGACAGAACACAUCUUUGGGUGUAGAACAGUCUACAUCAGAGAAAUCUCAAACAUCUCUUUGGAAAAGCUCUAACACCACCACCUCCCCACCCCCACCUAUCUUAAGAGUUUCUCAUGCCAUAUAACAUAAGGGUAUGUGUCCCUGAGCAAAACAUGUUCACACCAUCCAAAAACUGAAAGGCUUUUGACUUACUUGUUUUGAAGAUAACUUGACAUGUUGCCCCAGCAAUAUAUUGACUUCUUUCUUUUUUUCCUUCAGAAAAAUAAGCACCACUCUUUCCUAUAGACCUAACUAAGGAAGGUAGCCAGCUUUAAGAGGCCAAGAUCUAAUAAAAUAUAGCAAGGCUGCCAUUUGUCUCGUUUGAUGAAUGAGGCACUCAUGAUUGGGAGGAAUUUGUGUUCACUAGAACCAGCUAAAAUGUUUGUUGCAAAGCUGAGGAAAACUACCAUGAUGCUGCUAAAUCGAAAAGCAAAUAAAAACCAAAAUUGCUCUUUUCAGUCCUUGCAAAUUAGGAAGGAAUCUUGCCAAAAAUAAACAUCUUCAUUUCAGACCUAAUUUAAAAAUAUAUGCUAUCCCAAAAUGUGGGCUCACUAUGGAGUGAAUAUUCUGGCUUAUCAUUUCUAAGUAACUUGAGUAUGUAACUAGGAAAACUUCUACAGUUCAUGAGAAUCCAAACCUUCUAACUUGACAUUUUAGCUCAAGGUAGUAACUGCUUUCAAGGAAUAACUGAAUUAAGUAGGAAAAAAUACAAAUAAUUGAUCUUUGUAAACUUAAAACCUUGAAUGUCUGUAUUUGUUGCGUCCUUCCCAUUUAAGAGUAAUCUGUAACCUUUUCUGGAUAGGUUUGUGAAAGUGUCUGUGAGCCCCAUUCAAAUAUUCGUGAAAAACGGGCCCACAACCCAAGGAUGUUAUGUCCAAAAGCAGAACUGAAAAAAGAAAUCAUUGCUCAUACAACUGCAUAGUAUGCAAUGAAGAAAGGGGCAGAGAUAUUUUAAUUGUGGGAAGAUGUAUUUACUAAUAAAGAAUUCUCCAAAAAACAAAAUUCUCAAAAAAUUUAAAAUUUGUAGAUAGUUUCCCUCUUUUCAUCCUAAAGAAGCUUAGUUUCUUUAUUGAGGGCUAAAGGGGAAAAAAACAUUUGUAGAAAAUGGAUAAACUUUCUUUCUUUCUUUUUUUUUUUGUUGUUUGUUUAAAUUUAUUUGACACAGAGAGAUCAUAAGUAGGAAGAGAGGCAGGCGGGGGUGGAGGGCGGGGGGAGUGGAAGCAGGCUCCCUGCUGAGCAGACAGCCCAAUGCCUGGCUUGAUCCCAGGACCCCAAGACCAUGACCUGAGCCUAAGGCAGAGGCUUAAACCACUGAGCCACCCAGGCACGCCAAGUAUAAACUUUCUUAAAUAUCAAUAUUUCUAGGAUGGGACGCCUGGGUGGCUCAGUUGGUUAAGCAGCUGCCUUCGGCUCAGGUCAUGAUCCCAGCGUCCUGGGAUCAAGUCCCACAUCGGGCUCCUUGCUCGGCAGGGAGCCUGCUUCUCCCUCUGUCUCUGCCUGCCAUUCUGUCUGCCUGUGCUUGCUCUCCCUCCCUCUCUCUCUCUCUGACAAAUAAAUAAAAUCUUUUCUAAAAAUAAAUAAAUAAAUAAAUAAAUAAAUAAAUAAAAUAUCAAUAUUUCUAGGGGAAAAAAAUGGUGUCAGAUGAAAAAUGAAUCAUCUGCCUUGGACCUGCAGAUAUAUAAAAGGCAAGAAUCAUGUUAAAUGCUAAACAUUUUAAAAUAUGAAAUAUUCAAAGAAUCUAAAAAUAGGCUUUGGUUUGAAUUUGAGAGUUAAAUUAAGUAAAAAGAAGAUAACAAAAUGGGGUGGGGAAAAGAAAAUGGAAGGAAGAGAGGGGAAAAGAGAAAGAAAGGGAGGGAGAAAGGAAAGAAGGAAGAAUCCAAAACUGAAACUCUACCUAAUUUGGAUUGGGACGUAUCAGUCCUUCACACAGAGUUGUUGUGCUUGUUUCUUUGAGUGACUAAAAACAGUGAACUAUUUCCAUUGAGGGUAUGCUUUUUAUUUCCUCUUCAGAGUUAGGUUUUUUAAAACACACACACACACACACACACACACACACCCCACACAGAAAACAGUUUGAUGAAACCAAUGAUCUACCUAGUUAUUCUCAUAGAACUUGCUUUGGCAGAUGAUCUGGUCAGUUUAUAAUAGUUAAGAUUAUAUUUACCUACAAGUGAGAAGAAGAAAGAAAGAAAGAGAGGGAGGGAGGGAGGGAGGACAAGGAGAGAGAGGUAGUGAAUGAGAGAGAGGGAGGGAAAGAGGACGGAAGGAAUGAAAGAAGGAAGGAUCUACAGAUGAAAAGAAAAGAAAGAAUGAACAGUGGCUUAAACAAGAUAGAGCCUAUGUCUCUUCAUAUUUCAAAAUUCUGGAAAUAGUCAGCAAAGAGCUGCCCUUGGAUUCCCAACAAACAAGGACCCAGGUUCAUUACUGCAGCUUCAUUAUGUGUCCUGCCAUUCUCAAGCUCUAACAUAACUCAAGAUGGCUGCUAAAGUGCCAGCCAUUGCUUCUGUAUUCCAGCCAAAAAGGAGGAAAAGGGGGCAAAGAAAGGUGCUUCCUCAUUUAAAGACCUGUCUCUGAAGUUGCACAUACUACUUCUGCUUACAUCCCAUUAACCAAAACUUGGUCCAGCCUAAGUUAACUGCAAGGAAAACUGGGAAUUAUAGUCUUUUUUCUCUGUAGCCUUGUGCCCAACUAAAAAUUAGGGGCUUCUCUCUUAGCAAGGAAGAGAAACAUAUUGAAGACUGCUUAGCAGUCUCUGCCACACAAUUCAAACUAGUUCUUUCUCUUGAUUUUUUGAAAUAAUGUUUUCAUUUACUUUAAUUAUAAUACAUAUAUACUUCAAUACUGUGAGAAAGUAAUCACUGACUCUGUGAAAUGAGAAUUUCUACCUCAUCUUUCUGCCUUUCUUCCUAGAAAAAAAAAAAUCCAUGACUCAAGAUCCUUUUAUGCUUCCAUAAUUCUGCAGAGUAUAUGUUAGCUUUCCUUUUCUGGAAAUUAAAUUUAAAAUUCAAGAGCCAAUCCAAUGUUUUGCUUGGUCCUUGCUAUUGUACUGCAAAAAUAAAUUUUUCUUCUAUGGCCAUAACUUUUCAACUUUUUUAUGUUAGCAACAUCUUUUCGUCUGAAUUGAUUAAUAGCAUCAUUAUUUUCUUUUUAUUCAAUUCAACAACUAUAUAUGGACUUUGAUACAUAAGAAGUGGGCAGGAUAUAUAGGUGAAAAGUAUAUAGUCCUUCCUUGUUAUUUUUUCUCCAUAGAAGUUGGGCCUGUGUUUCCCUUCAUUGGUUUUCCAAUAGCAUAUUGGCUAGAGUGGCAGAAGUAUUUUAAACUACUUGAUAGUCUUUUUCCCUAAGAAAAAAAUACAAUUGAAGGGAAUCAUAAAAAUUUCAUAAUUACAUUUUAUCAUACAUCCCUCGGCUAGGUUGUUGGAGGGGGCAGAAAAAGACAGAGAGAAAAACAGAGACAGAGGAAUCUUCCAGAUACUACUUACUCAACCACGUCCUAUGAAGUGAUUUCCGUCACUGGAAAGUGUUAUAAUUGCCUAUUACCCAGUGCCUACAAAUUUGGCAGCCAUUACUAACAACUGAAAGGUUAGUUGACUUACUCAUUUUGUACACAUGUAUCUACCCGCAAACUUCAACACUUAAGUAUACCCUUUUCUAAACAAUCACAUCGCUAAAAUGUGAAGAGCAUAAGGUUAUUUUAAGGAAUGGACGUUAAAAGAAAUAUAAGAUGCCUAAAGCCAGAAACAAGAUGUCUGGUACAGUAUCGAGUUGUAGAGUAGAAAUGACCUCAGUGAUUCAGUUUACAGAAGAAGAGAUGGGCUGGUAGCUGCAGCAACUUGUCCCAUGUCCCAUUGGGUCUGCUCUACAAGUUCUCAGUCCAGUCUUCUUUACUCAUUCAUUGGUGGCCACCUGCUGUCCCAAGUCCUGAUGGAACUAGGGUUUGACUAUUGAUUGCAGUCUGGUGAUUUUUUUUUUCACCUUGUCUUCAAAGCUCAGAAUAGCUGAGGAAGACACCUGCUGUCGGCUCCUCCCACAUCACCUUCCCUCUGCUUGGAUCUGAGCAUCAGAAACGCCCCCGAGGGGCUUUCAUCUCACCAUUUUGCCUUCUCAGGACAAAUAAAAAUUCCCAGACCUCAGAUCCCUGCUUAUUGCUUCCCAAAAGACAGAAUAGCUCAGUCCAGCCUGCCUUCUUCUUUCUUUACUUAUGGUUUAAACAUAGUUCCAUCUGAUCUUAUCAAGACUUCUCACGCUUUAUUGUCAACCAAUGAAACGACUGGCAUCAGUGUCUUCCAAAGACUUUUUUAUUCACGAGGAAGUGAUUUCACAAAUCAUUUCUUGACGUUGCUUUUUAACUGCCUCGUGUAGUUUCACUUCUGUUAAGCCUCUUUCUUAAAAGGGAAGUACUCUCUGCCCCUUCUGGCUUCUUCAAUUUAUUUCAAACCUAAAGUAGCAGUCAUUGAAGGCAGUUUUACAAAAUAGUUGGUUUGGGUCACCCAUGUAAUAUGAAACCAACAGCUGAAUCAUUGUGUUGAUUCCUAUUGCAUCCCGAUAACAAUAAUCCAAAUGGAAUAUUAUAACUGUGAAUGCUAAUCAGCGUUCCCAUUUCUUCAUCAGAACUUGCCUUAUGCUUUGCAGCCUUCUCUUUGCACUCACAUUUUUAUUUAUAAACUGUCACAUUUAACCCAUUUAUUCAACCAGCACCUAGAAAUAUUUAUUUAGGUUCUUCUAUGGCUUUUCACUUUUGCCAUCGCUCUAGGUAACAAAAAGAGUUUUCUCGGCAAGACACUUUUAGGCAAAAUAUAAUGUAUGGAGCACCACGUUCAAUAACUUGAGAGGAUGAAAUUUGGGACAAUUCGUGUGGCAUACUUACUUUGUUUUUAUAGGCCAGGCAAAGCUUAUUAAUUCCAUUCUGUUUAUUAUUUUUAAACCCUUUGGUUAGUGUGGUGAAUUUUUUAAAAAAUCAAUUGAUUGAUUUUGGAAUUCUUAAGAUCACAUAGGGUUUUCGUUAUAUAACUCAGAUUCUGAAGUUCGCCCAGAAAUCAAAAUCUCAUGGCCCUUUGUGAAGUAUUUUUGUGCUCCUAGGCUUGCAAAGACUUUGCUCUAAAAUCUCUGAGUUUGAGUCACAUUGGUCCCAUUAAUCUUUGUCAAGAAGGAAGUUGCCGGGGACGGUCAAAAAGGCCAAGUCCAGAUUCUGUUUUAUUCUUUUCUCAUUUGUUUCAGGGCCCAUGGCCAUCAACCCUCUUUGAUUUUAGUCUGCCUCGACUUCACAUUUCCACAGGGAUAAAUAUGGGGCUGCAUGAUAAUUACUACCCCUUUAAAAAAGAAAAAAAUGGAGAGUUUUCAUUAAAGCGUCCCGGCCCAUCCAUGAGGCCGUGUGAUAAAUGCGAGCAGCUCAGAGUAUCAUCAGCACCAGUAUCUGCUGGAGGAAGACUAUGUCAUGUUUUCUUUUAAAGACAUAGCUAUUUCAAUUUCAUCCUGUCAGACUCAAAGGGAAUUUGGGUAUUAACACUUCACAACACUUCUAAGUCCUUUGGGAGAAAAUCCAAAGUGAAAUUUCCAAUUCUGUUCCUUAAGGAAAAUGCCCUGCCUCAGAAUAACAAAGUUAUUUCUGAUCCUGUGACAGAAAUGUAUAGGUGAGAAUUCCCACUGAGACCUUCUGAAACACACUAAGGAAUUUUCUGCCACUGUAGGUAAAAAGACAGAAAAUUUUAAAAAACAACAACAAAAAAACAAAAACAAAACACAAAACACAAAACACGAAAAACCUGUAUUCUCACUUGUGCUUACCUUUCAAAUUUUUCUGAGACUCCCUUUGUGUGACAAGAACUCUGCCACUUGGCAACCUCAUCUGUCCUCAACAGAACAGAGAACCAAGAGACAAAUAAAAAGGCUUUCUGACUAUCCCGGUAAAUUUUAUAAAAUCCACACUCUGUAACUCCUGCCUUUCUUCCAUAGAAAAGCUCUUCAACCAUUUAUUUAAAUCCUAGUUACUCUUAAUUUGUACUAUACUUAAUGUAUACGAUUCUAAUUACCUUAAUGGCUUACUUUUCAAUCAUAUGUCCUAUCAGAAAAUCAGAAAGGGAGCUUGGUAUAAAAUAAGCAGAAAUACCAAGAGUCAAGUAACAUACUCUCUCUGAAAGAACAGACACAGAAUACUAAUAUAAAAAUUUGUAUAGCACAGUUGUCUGGGGAUAUCUAAGGUGAGAAUGAAUAUACUUGACAGAGUCUGUGGGCAACAUUGCCGUGAUUCAGGGAGCCCCUUUUAUAUUCAUAUGAUGAUCCACAUGAUAUUUUUAUUUUUUUAGUUUUUUUGAUAUUUUUAUUUUACCAAUAAAAAUAUUUACUGAGAAUUCAGAACAGGAACCCCUUACUCAAGAUACUUUCUUUCAUCUGUCCAAAAAUUAUUUUAUACACUUUAAUUUAAGUAUGAUAUUUUACUCUCAUCUCCUGAAAAAAUUUUCAGAUAAUUAUAUGGGUCUUCAGUGUCUAUAGUUUGAAUAGAAGCCCUUUAAGGUGGCACUGCUCUGCCUAACCUUACAUUACAUGUUGACCUUCUGGUCAACACAGUCUUUCCUGAAAAUUAGGUAUGUAAAUUUCACUUUGGAAAACCACGAUUCAAAUGGUUAAAGUGAAGAUGCUUGGGUCUUUGAAAGGUUAAGGUAUCUGUAAUACCAAAGACAUUCCCUGAAUGUCCUACGUAGGAGCCACAUGCUAGUGAGAAGACGUCUCUGGAAACAAAUGAAUAAAGAUUUUCAAUAUGGCAGCCCUUGGUAUUACUUCUCUGAAAUCUUCCCCUUUGAUAAAUGUCCUCCACCUCACAGUCACCAAAUUGUCUCUUCUGGUAGAAUGCCUUGAUUUUUUUCAGUGGCAAAGACAUCAAAGUCCUGGGAUAUUUCACAGAAAAGGGAAGCCUUAGAGGAGAGCAUGAACACUGAGCCCUUCUUCCUUUCUCCUGCCCACAUUCACCAAAAUAAACGUAUUUCCUGAUGCAUUCUUGGCCUAUCAGCAUUCUAAUAUGGGAAAUCUCUGCCUUGAGAGUGGCAGCACAUAUUAAACUGGGGCGUGCACAUUCUUUUUCCCUUACGGAUCAUUCCGAUUUGCUCCUUGGUGUGUAAAACCGACUGUACUCAGAGGAUACUAUUGGUCUUGAAGUUUCUCUGCAGGUAGUUGCCGUACUGGCAUUGGGCACAGCAGCCGCAUGGGUGAGACAGGGUUAGGUGAGCCCGUUCAGACUAUAUCCCGUGCCAGUAUCCACUGACGGCAUCAUAAGGUUGCUGGUCUUUUUUUUCAACACCUCCCGCCCCUCCCCCACAGCAGAACACCUUCAAGGUGUGAUGUGUGCAGGCACCAAGAAAAUCUUAACAGAGUUUUCUGGCAAGAAGCUUACAGUCCAGUUGUCAAGAGGAGUAUUAACCUCACACUCCUUUUUAGAUUUUAUUUAUUUAUUUGUUUGUUUGUUUUUGUGAGAGAGAGCGAGCCUGUGCAUAUGAGCAGGGGGAGGGGCAGAGGGAGACGUGGACUCCUCGUUGAGCAACCCAAGCCAAGACUUGAUCCCAGGACCCUGGGACCGUGACCUGAGCUGAAGGCAGAUGCUUAAAAGACGAUGCCACCCAAGCCCCUCUAACUUCGCAUUCCUACGAAAGCAAUGCCUGCUAGGAUGCUGCACAGCCAGGUCCUCCUGGGAGAUGCUGGGGCUUUCCUUCUUCUGAAUGGAGAGUCCCCGCAAUCUCAGGAGGAAGGAGAGCCUGUUUGCAACCUUCCUCUCUCUCUUUGUGACUCAACAAUCACUUAGCUAGCAUCUACUUUGCGCAAGAAGCUGGGAGUGACCAAAACAAAUCAAAUACACAACUUUGCCUUGAGAAGUUUACAAAAGAAAUCCGAACCGCUUUCAGGUGAUCAGACUUCUUUGAAUUCAAGUUCUGGAAAGGACACCUGUUCACUCUGUGAUCUUGAGGUCUCAUGAGGCCACACACGGCCCCAUUCGUUUGGGCCAGCAUGUGCCGCACUUUUUCUUGUGAUUUUAUGAAAGAGCACAUUGGCAAAAUGAGCCCCUGAUUGCUCAGGGCGUGAACAGCACAUGCCAGAACUGCAGUCACUCAUUUCGGACAAACCAAAACAAGUCUGAGGGACCUCGGAAUUUGUAGGAAAGGCAACAAGUCGACAGGUCCUAGCAAUCAAAAGCAAUCAUGGCCACCACUUGCCUGAGUGAUAGCAAGAGACAUUUUCCUGCUACAUCUGGGGUGAUCUGAGAGUGGUGGCCUGGGGCCUUUUUAGAUGGGUCAGUGCUCAAAUAAAAACCAGACCAAACAGGUACGGGGACUCACUAAAGGAGCAAAAACAAUGCUAAAUGCAGUCUCCGUGCAACUAUGGCAUAAUUACAGAGAUUAUGCAACACAUGAUUGUUUCUUUAAUAUCGUUUCUAACAAACUGGAUGUUUUUAUUAUUUUACAACAACAACUGCUGGUACUACUACUACUACUACUGCUACUACUGAAAGCACGAUAGCAGGAUUUAAUGGGUGAGAAUGCCUCUAAGUCUCUUGGUUGCUGUGUAAGAAAGUCUGCUCUCACAUCUGUAAUGGCAGCUCUGCCAUCUUGUGGAAAAUAUUGGAAGUACCGAAAGCAUUUCCUUACAUUUCAAGGGCAAGGAUCUGCUGGUUAAGGAAACAGGAAGACAAGGACAUCGCACCUCCUGUCUAUUUCUACAUAUUUUUAACCUUUAACAUUUUUACCAGCAGAAGUCAUUUAAGAAAAAAAAAAAGUUUCAGUCUCGAACAAUUCUUAGAUCUCUUGCCAACAAUUCUUAGAUCUCAAGUGUCACAAUCUUGACACUUGCAACUUAAUGUAAAAAUCUUGAAUGAUAUUUUGUACCAAUAUGAAUUUCUACUGCUCCCAACACUGUGUAGUGACUUCACUGUAAAUUAACAUCUUUUCUACAGAUUUUUGAGCCACCAGGUGAAUUAACUGAACAAGUCGAAUCCUGUUAGGAAUCAUCAUAGAUGAUGUUGGUAGCCCAUGAAAAAAUGAAUGUCGUUUUUCUUAUAUAAACUGGUAAUGAGACUUGUUUUCACAAUUCCUUUUUACAUUUUUGUGCAUAUAAUACCUGUAUAUUACACUCAUAUUCUAAAGUGACCAGAAAGUGUUAUUUAAUAGAAACUACAUACAUUUUUUAUGUCUCUAUAGACCUUUUGAUUCUGGGUACAUUUACAAUAAGUUAGUAGUAAAAUAGACUAUUCUUUUCAAGUAUGAAUAAAAACGUACAUUGAAGUAAAA